GUGUGUGUAUAGAUAUAUAGAUAUACGUAAAACUCACUUUAUGGCAAGAGAAGCUCCAACACUCACAAAGCUAAACAACUACUGCUGAUAUCAUAUUUUUUUUAAGUCAUGGCAGAGGAAUUUCAUGCGGGUGUUUGUGACGGAGGCUGGUGGAAUAUGAAUUCAUCGAGAAGUGUGCUCGCGGGAGGCUCGCUGUGUUCUACGCCGAUUACUAGCAAUGAUAUGGGAUGGGGUUUCGACAUGAAAACUACAAGGCGAUCUUGUGAUCAGGACUCCAAUAAUUCGCUCUCCGCCGAUAGCUUUCAAACAUCUCAGAAACCUCAACAACAACAACAGACGGAUUCGGAUCAUAGCGGUGGCAGCAGCAGCAGUGUUUUGAUUGACUCCACCUUGCAAAUGAUGGGCUUCGGGCUCCAAUCCUCCUCCGAUUGGAACCCAGCUUUACUUAAUACCGGAGAAGAUUCUUCUGUGCUUAACAACUUCACUGCAAUGAAUCAAGAAUUAGAUCAACAAAGACUGAAUUCCAUCAACACUCCAAACAAUUGUACAACAUCUUGUGAAGGCUUGUCUUCUGGGUUUCCAGUGUCCGCGGCUGCUUCUUAUGGCUACAGUACUUCUUCAUUGAUACAAAGUUUGUUUGAACCGGUGGAUAAUCCUCAAGUACCACAACAACCUUUAUUCAACAAUCGGUACAUGAAUUCUCCGGGCGCGACGAACAAUUAUGGGAAUGAUGUUAAUGAUCAAUUGAUGACUUCUUCUUGGCAUAAAUUGUCUCCAAAUAAUUACUUGAAGCCCUCAUUGCCUUAUAAGCAAUUACAACCCACAAGCUUACACUUCACGAACAACACACCCUUUUGGAAUGCCUCAUCAGGGACUCUAAAUGACAACAAAGAUGGAUUCUUUCAGUCAACACAAGCAGCAAAUUUUCUUGGACCAACAACAUUUCAGAAGAAACCCAAUUGUUCUACCCUCACAGAAAAGGUCAACACUGAAAAAGUUCGAGAAUCGGUUAAGAAAGGGAGCAAUGAACCUGCAUUCAAAAGGCCUCGAAUUGAGACACCAUCUCCAUUACCAACUUUUAAGGUGCGAAAAGAAAAGCUAGGGGACAGGAUCACAGCGCUUCAACAACUGGUUUCACCUUUCGGAAAGACCGAUACAGCAUCGGUUCUCCACGAAGCUAUUGAUUACAUAAAGUUCCUUCACGAUCAAGUCAAUGCUUUAAGUACUCCUUACAUGACAAAUGGUUAUCCCAUACAACAAGUACAUGAUAAAUUGGACCCAGAAGGUGUAAAGCAAGAUCUAAAGAGUCGAGGGCUUUGUUUGGUGCCGAUCUCCAGCACAUUCCCAGUCGCCAAUGAAACAAAUGCUGAUUUCUGGACACCAACAUUUGGUGCAACUUUCAGGUAGUAGAGACAAUUAGACAAAGUUACAAAAGCAAAUGAUUAGCUAGGAAUAAUAUCUCUUUGUAAUAACCUUGUAAGUAUUUUUUUUUAAUUUGUAGUUUAAAUUAAAGGUGGGUUAGGCACAGGAACAAGUGCUAAAUUCAGCAAAAUAAUUUAACAACAUAUUGCUUCUGUUGUUGUUGUUAAUUAGGAGCUGAAUUUAGCAGAUUAGGGGAUAAAGGGCAUUUGUUCCUGUUACUCUCUCUCUCACUCUCUAUCAGCUUUUCAUUAUUUGAAGAAAGAAAAACAAAGGCAAAUUAUUUAAUUUUGUGGUAUUGAAUUAGUGUAAUUUGUUAUUCCAAGAUUAUUAAUGAAAGUGAGUGGAGCUAAUUUGAUUCA